AAAAUUUACUUCCUAUUAUUUUUGACCAGCAUUAUAAUUUUUAUCCAAAUAUUAUAAAAUUGUUAGAAAUAGUAUAUUCAAUUCCAUUUUCAAGUGUAGAAUAUGAAAGAGGAUUUUCUAAACAAAAUCUUAUUAAAAUUGAUAUUCGUAAUAGAUUAAGAAAUAAUAAUCUUUAUUUAUUUUUAUCACUAAGUUUAGUAAAUAAAAAUUUUAAAGAUUUUGAUUAUGAAAAAGCACUUAAAAUUUGGUUAAAUAUG